CACGGAAAAGCAUGUGCUUUUGCUUACAUUUUAAAAUUGUCUUUUUGAGUAGCAGACAAUGAUAAAAUGGCACUUUUCUCUGUGUCCAGGUAUAUGGGAGAAGAAGAUGCAGUCAUUAAUGAAAAAGAAAAGGACUUGACAUCUUCAAAAAUAUUAGAGAAAAUAAAAACUGAGGCUAAACAACGCAAAGCUGAUAGAGAGAAGAAUAAAAAGGAAAAGGUCAUCGAAAAUGACAAUACUACAAAACACAAAGAUGAAGAAGUGUCAGCAAAGCUUAGAAAAAGUCCACAAGUUCAAAAGAAGAAAAAGAAAAGAAAAGCUGAAGAUUUAGAAACAAAAGAAGAUGAAACAUCUGGAAAAGAAAAAAAGAAAAAGAAACUUAAGUUAGAUGAAAAUGGUGAUAACAUUCAACAGAAAUCGGAGAAAGAUUUUGUUGCAGAAGAAACAAAACUGUUGAAUCAACAUGAUGUUGAUGUGGAAGAAAAAGACAUUGCAGACAUGUACAAUGAUGACACUAUGGAGGUGGAUCACGAAAAGAAGUUUCCAGUACUUGGGAAUUACAAGCAGAAAAGUGUACAAAAGGUAAAUCGUGUCCUCCCUGAUUGGUUGGCAAGUCCCAAUAUUAUUACAGCAGAUCUGCGAUCUAAUACUCUUCCUGUGGCAGAGAUGGCAGGCCUUGAUACUGAACUUUUGGAACAACUACGAGAAAACAACAUUUCACAUUUUUUUCCUGUGCAGAUGCAGGUUAUUCCAAUGUUGUUGGACACAAUAAGCGUUGGAGGAACAGUUGGGAAGGCGGGUUACUGGCCCAGCGACAUCUGUGUUUCUGCUCCCACAGGCAGUGGUAAAACCUUGGCAUUCGUCCUUCCAAUAAUCCAGGCUUUGAAAGGGCGUGUAUACAGACAGGUAACUGCAUUGGCUGUUUUACCUGUAAAAGACCUUGCUGUUCAGGUGUACAAGGUGUUCCAGACCUACAGUAAAGGCUCAGACCUUAAGGUUGGCCUUCUCACUGGACAGAAAGCUUUCAAAUUGGAACAGCAGACAUUGGUCCGAAGGAGUCUCCGUGGUUACCAAAGUCUUGUGGAUAUAAUCGUAGCAACACCUGGCAGACUUGUAGACCACAUCAACCAGACACCUGGAUUUGAUCUGACAAGUCUACGAUUCCUGGUCAUAGACGAAGCAGAUAAAAUGAUGGAACUCAUCAAACAGGACUGGUUGAUUAGAGUAGAGAAUGCAGUAUACAGAAACCAACGACCAAAACCAGAAAUACUUACACCUUACAGUUGCCUAAAGCCACACAUACCUUUACAAAAGCUGUUGUUCUCGGCAACACUGUCGCAGAACCCUGAGAAACUACAGCAGCUGAACUUGUUCCUGCCUAAACUUUUCACAUCAGUAGUCACCGAGACACAGCUUAAGCCUUCCAGCAUCAACCCAGUGUGUGAAGAUGACACUGGUCUCUCAGUUGAUACAGUUGGAAACCAGGGAGAGUUUGUUGGGAAGUACACAACACCACAAGGGCUAAGUGAGUACUUUGUGGAGUGUACAGCUGCCACAAAACCCUUGAUCCUGCUCCACUUCCUACACACCCUCAUGUUCACCAACGUAAUCUGCUUCGUCAAUUCAGUGGAAGCUACACAUAGACUAUAUCACCUGAUCCGACUUGUGGGAGGGAAAGAAGUUCGUGAGUUCUCCUCCGGUCAACAGGCAAACAGAAGGAAACGAAUCCUCAAAGAAUUCUCUAAUGGAAAAAUUGAUAUAAUCAUCUGUACAGAUGCCAUGGCCAGGGGGAUGGAUAUAGACAACGUCAAGUUUGUAAUAUCGUACGACCAAACGCCCAACAUCAAGACAUACAUCCAUCGUAUAGGGCGUACCGCUCGUGCAGGCAAAGCAGGCACAGCAAUUACCCUUCUACAGAACAAAGAGUUUUAUCACUUCAAGAAGAUGACUCGUGAGGCAGGGAAGCCUAAGAUCAGGGAACAAAAAGUUUCUGAAGAAUCUCUGGAGCCAAUCAUCCCAGCAUUUCAGAAAGCACUAGAGGAAGUACCACACAUUCUUAAGGCUGAAAAGAUGAAGAAGAACUCUAAUGGAUGAAAGCUGCCAAGAAUUCAUUUUGAUGGACACGGUACAUUGUCAGGAGACCCUCCUCCCAGAAAACUGAAGUGAAGGUUCUAAAUGUUGAAAGUAACUGGUGCUAGUCUAUAUGAACUUUGCUUUAUGGUGACGAGAUGCAACCGGGAAGAAAUACCACCUUUGGUUACGUGGAGCUGGUAUCUAUUCAAGUGGUCUAGAUAUAAAGCAGUAAUGGCUUAAUCAUGAUGGCUCAUUAUAUCUCAGUAACUCCAUCCAAGAUCUAGCAACUACAAGUAAAAAAACCAAUUUGGCAUCAAUUGCAGUCGAUUCAUUGUGAUUCUUUGAGCUGGCCUCAAAUGGAAACAACAUGGAUCUGACGAGAACACAUUUCAAAUAAAGUACAAGAUAAUUUAA